AGAUCAUCUUUCAAAGGGGUGAAACUCUUAGGAAUCAUGGAUCAUGUCAAUCACACGUGGACCCAGAAUUUUCUCCUUGCUGGUUUCACCGCCACUGGAACCCUGCGACCUCUUGCUUUCCUGGGGACACUGUGCAUCUAUCUCCUCACCCUGGCAGGGAAUUUGUUCAUCCUUGUCCUGGUUCAGGCAGAUUCGGGACUGUCCACACCCAUGUACUUCUUCAUCCGUGUCCUCUCCUUCUUGGAACUCUGGUAUGUCAGCACCACAGUGCCCACGCUGCUGCAUACCUUGCUCCGUGGGCCUUCACCCAUCUCAUCAGCUGUGUGCUUUGCCCAGCUCUACGUCUUCCAUUCCUUGGGCAUGACUGAGUGCUACCUGUUGGGUGCCAUGGCGCUGGACCGCUACCUUGCCAUCUGUCGCCCACUCCACUACCAUGCACUCAUGAGCAGACAGGUACAGUUAUGGCUAGCAGGGGCCACUUGGGUGGCUGGCUUCUCAGCUGCACUUGUGCCAGCCAGCCUCACAGCCUCUCUGCCCUUCUGUUUAAAAGAGGUGGCUCAUUACUUUUGUGACUUGGCACCACUAACGAGAUUGGUAUGUGUAGACACAAGCUGGCAUAGUCGGGUCCAUGGGGCAGUGAUUGGUGUGACCACUGGGUGCAAUCUUGUGGUCAUUUUAGGAGUGUAUGGGGGUAUCCUGAGAGCUGUGCUGAAGCUGCCCUCAGCUGCCAGCCGUGCCAAGGCCUUUUCCACCUGUUCCUCCCAUAUAACUGUAGUGGUGCUCUUUUAUGCUUCUGCCUUCACAGUUUACGUGGGCUCACCUAGGAGUCGCCCUGAGGGCACAGACAAGUAUAUUGCCUUGGUAUAUGGCCUUCUUACUCCUUUCCUCAAUCCUAUCAUUUAUACCUUUCGCAACAAGGAGGUAAAGGAGGCCAUGAAGAGGGUGAGGGUCAGGAUCAGGGCUAUUUUGAAGAAAUCUUGA